AUGGCUGAGGAGCUGUCUCCAGAGCAGGUGGCGGAGUACAAGGAGGCCUUCUCCAGGUUCGACAAGGAUGGGGAUGGUAACAUCAACGUCCAGGAGCUGGGUGAAGUGAUGCAGAUGCUGGGCAAGAAAUUAUCGGAGGCCGAGCUGAAGGCGCUCAUCGCCAUGGUAGACACAGAUAAUGAUGGUGUUAUCAGCUUCCAAGAGUUCCUGGCAGUGGUGGCCAAAAAGAUGAAGGCCUGGGGCAGUGAGGAGGACCUGAGGGCCGCCUUCCGUGCCUUCGACAUCAACGGUGACGGCCACAUCAGCGUGGAGGAGCUCAAGCAGGCCAUGGCCCAGAUGGGGGAGCAGCUUUCGCAGGAGGAGCUGGAUGCCAUGAUCCGCGAGGCUGAUGUGGACAAGGAUGGGCAGGUGAACUAUGAGGAGUUUGUGCAGAUCCUCACCCAGAAGUAA